CCCUAUACCCAACCCAAUCCAACUCCAGCCCAUCCCAACACCAACCCUAACCCUGACCCCAGCCCCAACCCUAAACACAGCCCGGAACCCGAUCCCAACCUCAACCCCAAUCUCAACCCUUACCUCAGUGCCAACCCCAACCCCGACCCUAAACCGAACCCAACACCAGCCCCAACCUCAACCCUGACCCAAAACCCAACCCAACGCUAACCCCAACCUCAACCCCAACCCUAAACCAAAUCCUCAUCCCAACCUUAACUCCAACCCCAACCCAACCUCAACCUUAACCCCGGCCCCAACCCCAACCCUGACCUUAACUCCAACCCCAGUUUCCACCACAACACCAACCGUCGCCCCAACCCUGACCCCAAACCCAACUCUGACCCCAAACCCAACCUUAACCCCAGUCCCGACCCUGAUGCCGUCCUUGACUCUGACCCAAUCCCAAUCCCAGCCCAACUCCAACUCCAAAUCCAACACAACCCCUACCCUGACCCCAGCCCUGACCGUGACCCUGAUCUCAACUCCGACCCCAAACCCCAAACCCAACCCGACCCCAAACCCAGCCCCGACUUCACCCCUUCCCCACGUCGGGUCGCCGCUCGGUGCCCCGCAGGCGGCGGGGGGGCCCCGGGAUCCGCCUGGUGGCGUCAAUGGCAGGAACUGGGUGGGAGCCGCCCGGGGGGGCCCUCCGGAUGUCCGCCCACCGGGGGGCACCGGGACCACCGCCCGCAGCGGCACCGGGCCCCGCGGCGGCCGCGCUCGGGAGGCUCCGUCCCCGCACGCCAAGGUCCCGCGCCCUCAGCGCUCGGUCCUGUGUGGAGCGGGCGGAGGUCCCGGCUCCCCCCACGGCGGCUCCAGAGGAAGCGGCCGCUCCCGCAGCGCCAUGGGGAACCUGCCCGCUGUGCUGCCCGGCGCCGCGCGCUCAUGCGGGCUCUGCUCCCGGCAGCUCAGCCCCGCGCCCGAGGAGGGCUCCGGCCCCGACAAGGGAAGCCCCGUGCCCCCCCGGCACGCAGAGCCCACGCGUUUCGCCCGCCUGAAGAACUGGGAGACGGGGAGCAUCGCCUACGACACGCUGUGCGCCCAGGCCGAGCAGGAGCUGCCGUGCUCGGCGCGGCGCUGCCUGGGCUCCCUGGUGCUGCCCAAGCAGCUGCCCGUGCCCGGCACCGAGGGCGGCCGCAGCGGCCCCGAGCUGCUGGCGCUGGCACGGGACUUCAUCGACCAGUACUAUGCGUCCAUCCGGAGGUGAGUGCCGCCCUCCUGCCCCACUGCGCCCCAUAGCACUGCCCCAUGGCACUGCCCCCCGCCCCGCAUCCCAUAGCCCUGACCCUGUCACUGCCCAACGGCAUCACACGGUGCUACCCCCAUCCCUGACCCCAGACACCCCAAAUCCCCCCACCCCAUGGUGCCCCACAGCGCUGUCCUCUAGGGCACCCCAUAGCCCUGUCCCCAUUCUCCCCCAAAGCACCCCAUAGCCCCAUCUCUCUCCCUGCACAGAAGCAUCACGCUGUGCUGUCCCGUUCUAUCCCACGGCACCCCAAAUCCUCAUCCUCAUCCCUGCCCACAGCGCUGCCCCCAUCCCUGCCCUGUGACAACCCAAAUCCUCAUCCCCAUUCUUGCUCCUUUGUGCCCUAAAUCCUCAUCCCCAUCCCUGCCCCACAGCAU